AUGUCACAUGCUUUUUUCCAUUACCUGGAUGGCGAAUAUGACCAGUUGUGGGAGCAAAUCCGUGAAUACGGAGCAAUCACUCCCUCCCCGCCCGCGGUCCAGCAGCCCGUCAGACCCUCGAACCCUACCAAUGGAAGGAACAACAGUUCGGCACACUACGCUAGGGAAUAUAACCCGUUCGAAGAUCAGUUCGGGCAAGUCCUCAAAGCCAACUCGCCACGAUAUUCUGGAGCUCCCACUCCAUUCCGCACUCCAGCGGUCACUCCAGCUGGCUCUCCACCUGCCACUCGAGUCGUCAUUCCAGCCGCCACUGCAGCUGUCUCUCCGGCUGUCAUUCCGGCUACCACUCCUGCUGGCCCUUCUCAGCAGCUCAGCAGGAGCAACACACGAAACAUCAGAAGGAGGCAAGGGCUAUGGAGACUUUACAGCUCCUUCGCGACAGUUUUCGCGGAAACCGAAGACUCCCAACCACGCCGAGAAGCCUGGGCUCGGAGCUUGAUCAAUGUUAGGGAGAUCCUCUCCAUUGAUGACACUCCAGACCCCCAACAAAACUCGGGGGAGGCGUCCGGGUCGUCGUCCCAGGACGCGACGAGCGGCAACUCGAGAGAUGGACGGGUUACCAGGAGCUUGUUGACCCCUGAUGAGGAGGAGGACGAGCUGCGCUUUCCUCAGUACGGGUCUUGA